AUGGAAGCAGAAGAGCAACAGUUGCAAUUUAUUUCUGAAUCCUGCUCAUUUGUUCCAGGCACCAAAACAGAAGUAAAUAUUACACCUUCCAUCCAUACCAGUGGUGAGUUCCCACAGCUUCUCCAUCACGGAGUGAGUGCAGGUUCCUCACUGCAUAAUGAGUCGUACCUGCUGGCUCAGCAGAAUGGCAGCCCAGCUAACAUGCUGGAGACGUCCGUGAGAUCCGUCACUCCUCAGAUUAAUGGGAAACCCUCUAGCGACGACUUUGAGCAGCUGAUCAGGAAUAUGUCCCAGGGUCGUCCUGUUGAGACCAUUGAGCUUACUAAGCCCCUAAGUGGUGGUCUGGGCUUCAGUGUUGUGGGCCUGAAGAGUGAAAACAGGGGAGAACUGGGAAUAUUUGUUCAGGAAAUCCAGGAGGGAAGUGUGGCACAUAGAGAUGGAAAGCUGAAGGAAGCAGAUCAAAUCCUGGCUAUCAAUGGACAAGCUCUUGAUCAAACAAUUACUCAUCAACAGGCUAUCAGCAUCCUUCAGAAAGCAAAAGAUAAUGUCCAGCUAGUUGUGGCCAGAGGCACUUUCCCUCAGCUCAUCAGUCCUGUAGUUUCCCGCUCUCCAUCUGCUGCUAGCACAGUUUCAGCCCAUUCCAACCCGGUUCAUUGGCAGCAUGUGGAGACUAUUGAGUUGGUGAACGAUGGCUCUGGCUUGGGAUUUGGAAUAGUGGGCGGAAAGUCGACUGGAGUGAUAGUUAAAACUAUCCUCCCUGGAGGGGUAGCUGAUCAGCAUGGCAGAUUAUGCAGUGGAGACCACAUCUUGAAAAUUGGUGACACGGACCUGGCUGGAAUGAGCAGUGAGCAGGUGGCCCAAGUUCUGAGACAGUGUGGAAACCGAGUGAAACUGGUAAUCGCAAGAGGUCCUGUUGAGGAUCCACCCCCACCAGCAGUCCCUCCAGGUACCCCAGUACCCGCCUCCACACCAGAGAAACAGACAGAGGCUUCUGUUGACAACUGUGAAGAUGGAGAGAAGUUUAAUGUGGAACUCACUAAAAACAUCCAGGGUUUAGGAAUAACUAUUGCUGGUUACAUUGGAGACAAAACAUCAGAACCUUCUGGUAUCUUUGUGAAAAGCAUUACAAAAGGCAGCGCUGUUGAACAUGAUGGUAGAAUCCAUGUAGGAGAUCAAAUUAUAGUUGUGGACGGGACAAAUCUUCAGGGUUUUACUAACCAGCAAGCAGUGGACGUUUUGCGGCACACAGGACAAACUGUUCGGCUCACUUUGAUCAGAAGAGGGCUUAAGCAGGAAAACCACCCCCAGCCGCAGGAGGACUUCAGUGCUGCUGUUGAGAAAGAUUUACUGCUUCAAAUGAUAGACAGUGGCACAGCCAAGGAAAACAGUGAAACGGAACAGGGAUCUCCAUCACUGCCAUGCAGCACCAGUGUGGUAAACAUUGGAGAGGACAUUAAACAGCAGGAAACAGAUUUCCAGUUAACAACUGCGGAGGAAGUAUCUCUGAAGAAUAAAUGGCAGAGAAUUAUGGGCUUAAAUUAUGAGAUAGUGGUGGUUGUAGUUAACAAAUUUAGUGAAAGCAGUGGGUUAGGGAUAAGCCUGGAAGCUACGGUGGGACAUCAUUUCAUCAGAUCUAUCUUACCAGAGGGGCCAGUUGGACGAAGUGGCAAGCUGUUUAGUGGAGAUGAGCUGCUUGAAGUAAAUGAGAUCUCUUUGCUUGGAGAAAAUCACAAAGAUGUGGUGAAUAUCUUGAAAGAAUUGCCUAUUAAAGUGACCAUGGUGUGCUGUCGUCCAGUAGCUCCCCAUAUCAGUCACCCAGAAGUGUUGGACAGUCUAAGUCUCUCUGAGGUUCAGCUCACGGAAAAGGCGCAUGUAGACCUUGGAUUCAUUGGCUCCUCAGACACGGAGGGCGGAGCUUUGGAAAUUGUUGAUGAGAAUCAGAAUAUGGAAGAGGUGCAGAGCUCUUCCUUAGCGAUGUGGGAAGCAGAAGUACAGCACAUUGAGUUGGAGAAAGGCAAUAUGGGACUUGGAUUUAGUAUAUUGGACUACCAGGACCCUGUGGAUCCAGCAAACACUGUAAUAGUGAUUCGUUCCUUGGUUCCUGGUGGUGUGGCUGAGCAGGAUGGCAGACUUCUCCCUGGAGAUCGGCUCAUGUUCGUCAACGAUACCAACUUGGAGAACGGCAGCCUGGAAGAAGCGGUACAGGCACUGAAAGGAGCCCCAGCAGGAACAGUUAAAAUAGGAGUUGCCAAACCACUGCCUCUGUCGCCAGAGGAGGGCUAUGUCUCUGCUAACGAAGAUUGCUUUUUCCACGCUGCCCAGUCACUUGAGGAGGGCCCAGCUGAUGCAGCCCUCUUCCGUGCUGAGCUAGCUCUGGUGGACUCCAGCGAGGCAGACCUGGCGGACGAGUCCACCUUCGGGUCGCAGUACUCCCCGGACAAUGACGGCUCCUUCCAGGCGUCCCUGCUAGCCCUGCGCGGAAGCACCGGCAGCGAUGAGCUCAGCUACAGCCUCUCUGUGCCGUUGUCUGCUCCCAAGGCUAUUGGAGAGGAAAGUUCAAACACUGCAGUUGAUUUCCAAGUAUCCAGCAAGAAUCUGUACAACAUGGAUCUGAAUCAGAGAGUGAGAGAGAAGAUGCCCCUCACAGGCAAGAGCUUGGAAACUGCCACUGGUUUUACUAACAAAGACCUUUUGCCUCUGGAUGCUUCGGAUAUCAACCAAAAUGAAAAUGAAAACACAAGAACUUGGACUGGACCUCAGACAGUAGAAGAAGAUGCACAAAAUGCAAACCUUGCUAUCACAAUGCAGCUGGAUCCCACUGGAAAAGAUCAAGUGAUUUUAAUGGAAAAGAGCUGCCCAGUGUCUGUGGAGGGAAGUUCCACAGUCCCAAAUUCAGUCAAAAACUUGUACGAGAGGACUAUCACUAUCGCAAAAGGCAAUUCAAGUCUAGGGAUGACAGUAAGUUCUAAUAAAGAUGGCUCUGGAAUGAUAGUCCGCAGCGUCAUCCACGGAGGCUCAAUAAGUCGUGAUGGACGGAUUGGUGUGGGGGACUGUAUCCUGUCCAUUAAUGAGGAAUCAACCUCUAACUUAACCAAUGCACAAGCCCGAGCUAUGCUAAGGAGGCAUUCACUCAUUGGACCAGACAUAAAAUCUUCUCCAGCACCUGCUGAUGAUCAGGCCCUCUUUUAUGUUAUUACUUAUGUGGCAGCAGAAAAUUUAGAAGAGUACCGAGCCGGCUUAGGACAACAGACAGAGGGGUCUGUGCCGCUUGAUGUGUUUUCUUCACAUACGGUCAGCAGGGAAAUUCCAGAACUUCCAGAACGUGAAGAGGGGGAGGGAGAAGAAAGUGAACUUCAAAAUGCAGCUUUCAGUAACUGGAAUCAGCCCAGAAAGGUUGAACUUUGGAGAGAGCCCAGCAAAUCCCUGGGGAUCAGCAUCGUUGGUGGGCGAGGGAUGGGGAGCCGCCUGAGUAACGGGGAAGUGAUGAGAGGCAUCUUUAUCAAACACAUCCUGGAAGACAGCCCAGCGGGCAAAAAUGGCACACUGAAAACUGGAGACCGAAUCGUGGAGGUGGAUGGAAUUGACCUCAGAGAUGCCAGCCAUGAACAAGCUGUGGAAGCCAUACGGAAGGCAGGCAACCCUGUAGUCUUUAUGGUACAAAGCAUUAUAAGCAGACCAAGGCCAGAAUCUCUUUAUAGCUGUUCUUCAGCUUCUGCUCCCUCUGGGCAGAAACCCACUAACCCAUUUUAUCGUCAGUCAUCUGAGAGCCCCUCCCUGGCUUUCCUGCAGAGCAAUCUUUUCUGCAGGCCAGCUAUCUUCAGCAGCACUAACCCAUUUGCUGAUGCUUCUCAGUUCAACACUAACAAGGAGGUAUCGAAUCCAAGUAGGGUUACCUUCCGUUGUUCCCCAACUAACCCUUUUGCUCCCACACCAUUCAAGGCAUCCAGUCAGUCAGAUUCAGAACCAGAAAAGACUUCAUUUUGUAACUUGCCUCUGCCCCCUCCUUCAGCAUUUUCAGGAAUGAGCUGUGUUGUUGCACAGUCUUCUUCCAGCAAAGUCCUAGAGGAUGUGGAGAAAGAGGAUGAGUUUGGUUACAGCUGGAAAAAGAUCAUGCAGCGCUAUGGAGAUCUACCCGGGGAGCUGCACAUGAUUGAGCUGGAAAAAGGAAGGACAGGUCUGGGACUUAGUCUCGCUGGUAACAAAGACCGAUCCAGGAUGAGUGUCUUUAUAGUGGGAAUUGAUCCAAAUGGAGCAGCUGGCAGAGAUGGCAGGUUACAAAUUGCUGAUGAGUUACUAGAGAUAAAUGGUCAAAUACUCUUUGGAAGGACUCAUCAGAAUGCUUCAUCAAUAAUCAAGUGUGCACCAUCUAAAGUAAAAAUAAUCUUUAUCAGAAAUAAAGAUGCAGUAAAUCAAAUGGCUGUUUGCCCUGGGAAAUCAGUAGAGUCUUCACCUUGUACUUCAGGGAUGCUUCAAAACCAAGAGACUGACCUCAGUGCUACGAAUGCCAAUACUUUUGCUGACUUCAGUUCAUAUAAAAAUAUUCAGCACAUGGAGCUCCCUAAGGAUCAAGGAGGAUUGGGAAUUGCCAUUAGUGAAGAAGACACAGUUAAUGGAAUAGUUAUUAAGAGCUUGACAGAUCAUGGUGCAGCAGCAAAGGAUGGACGAAUCAAAGUUGGGGAUCAAAUCCUGGCAGUGGAUGAUGAAAUUGUUGUAGGCUAUCCAGUAGAAAAGUUUAUCAGUCUCCUGAAGACAUCCAAACCCACAGUGAAGCUGACAAUCAACUCAGCAGAGCUGGAAAGCCUACCUGCAGCCCCGGUCCCUGCCAGCUCUGCCCUAGCAGAGAGGAGGAAUAUCCAGCAGCCAGCAACUGCCCCUGCCUCGGGCUCACCAGAACCAGAGGCCGUCAGAAACACAAGCAGAUCUUCAACUCCAGCCACAUUAGCUUCUGACCCAGCUACGUGUCCCAUUAUCCCUGGAUGUGAAACAACCAUUGAUAUCUCCAAAGGACGAACUGGUCUUGGUCUGAGCAUUGUUGGAGGAGCAGACACUUUGCUGGGAGCAAUCAUUAUCCAUGAAGUAUAUGAAGAAGGAGCAGCAUCUAAAGAUGGGAGAUUAUGGGCUGGAGAUCAGAUAUUAGAGGUGAAUGGGAUUGACCUCAGGAAUGCGACACAUGAUGAAGCGAUAAAUGUCCUCAGACAGACACCACAAAAAGUUCGUCUAACUGUAUAUAGAGAUGAGGCCCAGUACAAGGAGGAAGAUAUGUAUGAUGUACUCAAUAUAGAGCUGCAGAAGAAGCCUGGUAAAGGCCUUGGACUCAGCAUAGUUGGGAAGAGAAAUGAUACAGGGGUUUUUGUGUCAGACAUCGUCAAAGGAGGGAUAGCAGAUACUGAUGGGAGAUUGGUGCAAGGAGAUCAGAUAUUGACAGUGAAUGGAGAAGAUGUUCGAAAUGCUAACCAGGAGGCUGUUGCAGCUUUGCUAAAGUGUUCAUUAGGUACAGUAAGACUAGAGGUCGGAAGAAUAAAAGCUGGUCCAUUCCAUUCUGAGAGGAGAACAUCCCAGAGCAGCCAGGUCAGUGAAGGAAGUGGCAGUCUCUCAUCAUUCAGUUUCCCAGUUUCUGGUUCCAGCGCACCCGAGGUCUUUGAAAGUGGUCAAAGAAAGAAUACCACAACUUCUGAAAUACAAGGAUUAAGAACAGUUGAAAUAAAAAAGGGCCCUGCAGAUUCAUUAGGAGUAAGUAUUGCUGGAGGGGUAGGAAGUCCUCUUGGAGAUGUUCCUAUUUUUAUAGCCAUGAUGCAUCCAAACGGACUUGCAGCUCAGACUCAGAAACUCAGAGUUGGAGACAGGAUUGUUAGCAUCUGUGGAACAUCUACCGAGGGCAUGACUCACUCCCAAGCUGUUAGUCUCUUGAAGAGUGCUUCAGGCACUGUCGAGCUGCAGGUUGUAGCUGGAGGAGAUGUGAGUGUCAUAACUGGUCAGCAGCAGGAUCCACCUACACCCAAUCUGUCAUUUACAGGGCUAACUUCAACCAGCAUUUUUCAGGAUGAUUUAGGACCUCCUCAGUACAAGACUAUUACACUGGAUCGAGGACCAGAUGGCCUAGGCUUUAGUAUUGUGGGGGGAUAUGGCAGUCCCCAUGGAGAUUUGCCUAUUUAUGUGAAGACAGUAUUUGCAAAGGGUGCAGCGGCAGAAGACGGACGCCUGAAGAGGGGGGAUCAAAUAAUUGCUGUGAAUGGGCAGAGUUUAGAAGGGGUGACCCAUGAGGAAGCAGUUGCUAUUUUAAAAAGGACAAAAGGAACAGUCACUCUGACUGUUUUGUCGUGAAUCAGCUGCCCAGGGUAGUAGGGUCAACAAGAUCUUACUAUUUACAUUCCACAUAGCAAAGAGAAUGGAAAUGUUUAUAUAGUCUUUUUGUUCUUCCAGCUUCACAUGACCAUGUUACUUCAUCGAAGAAAAAUAACAUUUAAUCGUAUUUUUGUAUGUAGUAGAAGUAUUUGUCUUACUGUCAAAGCACUGGGAUGAGAUUAUGUCACAUGUAUGGUAAAGAUGGGGAUAUUUUUUUCUAGUAGUAUUAUGAUGAUGACUU